AUGCUUUCCAUUUUAGACCUUUCCCAUAAUGAUCUCACUGGUAGUUUUCCACUUGUACGAAACCUAAGAAACCUUUCCUAUAAUCACUUGUCUGGAAAAGUGGAUUCCAAGAAUAGCCUCUUUGGGCUGCACCACCUUCGUUACCUUGAUCUCGGUUUCAACAACUUCAGUUCCUCAUUCCCUUCCGAAUUUGGCAAUCUCAACAAAUUAGAGGUCUUUGAUCUUACCUCUAAUGGCUUUUCUGGUAGAAUUUUCCCCACAAUUAGUAAUUUGACCCGGUUAACUGAGUUGCGCCUUUACCUAAAUAAGUUCACUGGUAGUUUCCCACCUGUACAAAAUCUAACUAAGCUCUCCACUCUAGCACUUGGUUAUAAUCAAUUCACUGGGACCAUUCCUUCGUACCUCCUCACUUUGCCUCUCUUAUCAGUUCUUGAUUUGCGCGAUAAUCAUCUCUCUGGUUCAAUUGAAGUUUCUUCAAACACCUCUACCUUAUGUAGGCUUGAGUUAAUGUACCUAGGGGUUAACCAAUUUGAAGGAAAAAUCCUAGAGCCUAUCUCAAAGCUCAUCAACCUGAGACACCUUGACGCCUCUUUCCUAAAGACGAGCUACCCAAUUGAAUUAAAGUUGUCCUCUCUCAAAUCUUUGGUGUACCUCGAUCUUUCUGGUAACAAUAUAUCACCAGCCAGUUUAAGUUCAGAUUCAAGCAUCCCGUUGACCAUGGAAUAUUUGCUCUUGGCGUCCUGCGGCAUCAGGGAGCUCCCAACCAGCUUAAGAACCCUUGAGAAUUUGGAGUAUAUACAAUUAUCCCACAAUCUAAUGAAAGGGAAAAUCGCAGAGUGGUUAUGGAGCCUUCCUCGUCUAGGCACAGUGUAUGUUAGAAAUAAUUCCUUCAGCGGUUUGGAAGGUUCGGCGGAAGUUUUUGUAAAUUCAUCAUUGCGGGUACUACUUCUGGAUAUAAACAAUUUUGAAGGAGCACUUCCUGAUCUACCACUCUCUAUCAAAACCUUCUCUGCAAAGUCUAAUAGUUUCGACGGAGAGAUACCUCUUUCAAUCUGCAACGUUAGGUCUCUCGCUGCUCUUGAUAUAUCCUACAACAACUUCAGUGGGUUCGAUUCCUCAAUGUUUGAGUAA